CCGCCCCUGCCGUCCUGCCUGGGUGACCCCGUGUGUGGACCAGAGGGCUCAGAGGAGGGACUCCAUCUGCCCCCGGAUCAGGCUCUCCACAGACAGAGUGUCUGACGGAGGGAUGCACUGCCACACGCCACACUACCACACCGCCACACGCCACACCGCCACACCGCCACACAGAGGGAGUCUUCUCCGUCCAGUCGGCCUCAGCUUGUGGAGGUAAAAACUCAAACUAAGAGGCAGUGAGGAGAAAGGUCCACGCGGGACCCUCGACCGCAGGGCGUACAGAAGCCCUGCUGCAUUCUGGGAGGAGGACAGGAGGAGCCCGGGCACCAUGACGACCACAGAGAUGACCCGCGAGCAGCAGGAGGAGUACCAGAAACAGCUGGUGGAGGAGAAGGGCGAGCGGGACGCUGAGUUCCUCGUCAAGAAAGCGGAGCGAGCAGCACUACGCUCCUGUCUGAGGGACAAGUACAGGCUGCCCAAGAGCGAGCGUGACGACAGCAUCCUGGAGCAGGCGGGGGACGAGGUGGACGUCCCGGAGGAGCUGCUGUCCAUGGUGGAGGGCGAGGGGGGGGAGGAGGAGCAGAGCGCCUCCCUGCUGGGUCACAUGAGCACCCUGCAGAACAUGGACAUGGAGCAGAUGAAGGAGAAGGCCUCGGCUACCGUCACAGGGCUGCGCUCCAAGGCCGAGGACAAGUGCCACGUCAUGUGACCUGGUGCCACGUCAUGUGACCUGGUGCUGCUCUGGUGCUGCUCUGGGACCCGGCCUGCUCAGGUGCAGUACUGGUCUGGUACUGGUUGGUACUGGUCUGGUACUGGUUGGUACUGGUUGGUUCUGGUCUGGUACUGGUUGGUACUGGUUGGUUCUGGUCUGGGACCGGUUCUGGUCUGGUGGGGGACGGUUUCAGGACACUUAUGGUACUGGUUGGAUACCGGUCUGGUACUGGUUCUAGUCUAGUUUGGGACUGGUCCAGUACUGAGCUGGCUCAGAACUGCUUUGGUUCUAGUACAGGUCUCUUUCUGGUCUGGUCCUGGUCCUGGUCUGGUCCUGGUCUGGUCCUGGUCCGGUCUGGUCCUGGUCUGGUCCUGGUCCGGUCUGGUCAUGGUCCCGGUCCCGGUCUGGUCCUGGUCCGGUCUGGUCCUGGUCUGGUCCCGGUCUGGUCCUGGUCCCGGUCUGGUUCGGUCUGGUCCUGAUCGGGUCUGGUCCUGGUCCCGGUCCGGUCCCGGUCUGGUCCUGGUCUGGUCCUGGUCUGGUCCCGGUCUGGUCCUGGUCCCGGUCCGGUCCCGGUCUGGUCCUGGUCCGGUCUUGUCCUGGUCUGGUCUGGUCCCGGUCCGGUCCUGUCCUGGUCCGGUCUGGUCCCGGUCUGGUCCUGGUCCGGUCUGGUCCCGGUCCGGUCCCGGUCCGGUCUGGUCCUGGUCCGGUCUUGUCCGGGUCCGGUCUUGUCCGGGUCCGGUCUGGUUCCGGCCCGGUCUGGUUCCUGCCCGGUCUGGUUCUGGUCCGGGUCCGGUCUGGUCCCGGUCCGGUCUGGUCCCGGUCCGGGCUUUGUUGUAGUCAGCUAUCUUUAGAUAAUACACUAGACUUGUGGAGUAGAUUAAAGCGAUAGAUUAAACCUGUCGAUAAAGCCCUGGUUCACUGCCCGCCAAAUCCUCUCUGGGGGGGGGGGGGGGCCUCAUCAGCCUCAGCUCUCUGAUCCACGGGGGCCACAGGGCCCCCCCAUGCUGUUAGUCGUCUCCCCCCCCCCCGCUGUUAGACACCCAGCCGGGAGCCCCUCCUCAGGAUGCCCCCCCCCCCCCCCCCCCCGAGGACCCAGGACGGGUCAGCGAGGGGUGAAGCCCUCUCCCCGCGGAGGGAACGUGUUCAGUGAAACCAAUCUCAAACCUUUUGGCAAAGCCACUAAAGAUUAUUGGAUCCCAACAGCUGUUGUACUUUCCCUGGUUGUCAGUGAAGCAGAUGUUUAUUGAACCUCUUAUUGAACCUCUUAUUGAACCUCUUAUUAAACCUCUUAUUGAACCUCUUAUUGAACCUCUUAUUAAACCUCUUAUUGAACCUCUUAUUGAACCUCUGUUGUUAUUAAACCUCUUGACCUCGAUGA